AUGAGCACCGCGCCUGUCCUUCAGUGUCACCAUACCAAUGAUCUUACUCCACUCUUAACAGAAAUUGAGGAUCGAGCCGACUGCGUUUUGACAAGGCUGUACCUGCUCUGGCAGCUAGACGAGGAGUUUGCAGAAAUCGAGAAAAGCCUGGAGCAGCAAGAUUACAUCAAUCUCAUCCGUUCCAUAACCGGGAAGAUGGAGGCAGACCUGGAAGUCAUUCAACAAAAGAACGAGUUACUAAACAAUGGCCAAUUAUCCGACUGGAUCGAUAACGGUACAGAUGAGGCAGAGAAGUCAAGGAAACAAGAGCAUGUUAUGAGACUGAUGAAGAAGAUGUACGGGUUGCAGAAACAAAUGGCGGAAGCGAAGAGAGGAUAUCUCGGCUAG